AUGGGGAACUGCUGUUGCGGCUGCAAGAAGUGGAACAAACACGUGAGGUUCAACGUCGGAGGUGCGAAAUUCGACACAACAUUCGGCACCGUCACGAGACGAGGGAAAGAUCGCACAAACUUGCUUGCCCUGAUGGUCACAAAGCGCUGGUGCUGUCGCAGGAGGCGCGGGCUGAAACGGCUCACUACCAUUUAUUCCAAUGCAGAGACUUUUAUCGAUCGGGAUGGCACGCACUUCCGGCACAUAUUAAAUUGGCUCCGUGACGGCGACGGCGUGGUACCGGAGUUGGACGCGGCCAGCUACAGGGCGCUUCUCAAAGAGGCAGAGUAUUACCGCCUCGACAAGAUGGUGAAAGCCAUCUGGGAGGGUUUGGAAUUUAGGGAUCGAGUUCGGGAUUUAGGGUUUUCGUUUUUGGGGUUUGGAGUUCCUCUACUUCCCUACUUGUUUCUGCCUCCAGCUAUUAUCUGA